UAUUCUGAAACCCAUGUCGCCUCCCCGCCUCGACCGCGACAUAUGGUGAGCCCCCGACGUGAUUGCGAAGGAAGAUAGAAGAGAACUCGACGACAAGAAGCGAACGAAGAAUCGCUCGGGCGGGAUCUCGAGAAGCUGCUACCCGGAGGGAUCAGACGGCCGCUGACCCCCCCGUUCCGCUUUCACCGCUUCUCAGCCCGAGAGAUCGUAUGCCGCUGAGCUGCCUUUUGCUGCUGCUGAGAACUUUCUCGCUGCUGCUGAGACUUUGUCACGGCUACGUAAGUUACUGAGCGGUCCGUUAUCAACCCUCCUGCCGCGCUGCCCCGUUCUACCUCGGAGCGUUCGUAAUCUCGCUCCGCUCCCAGCCUUCCCGCAGGGCUGCCCCGCUCUCCCCCCUGGAGCAUCGUUAUCUCGCUCCGCCUUCCAGCUGCAGCCCUAUUGACACUGCGUGGCUGCGUGCACAACCUGGGUAGCCCUCGCUCCUGACAUCCCAGCUCCGUGCAGCGCCUCAGCCCGCUCCGUGCCCGGUUCGCAUCCCUCCGCUAUCACCGGACGUCCCUGACUGUGCGUGGAACAGCUGAGACCGCACCCCAAACGUGCCCUGACUCAGCAGUGCUCUUUGUUCCGAGCGACCCUGCCUUCGUUACUCUCGCAGCUGUGGGGCAGGCAAACUGCUGUGUGCCGCCUCCCCCGCUUGGCUCGGACUCCUGCGAAAUCUCGUAUCCCGUCAACCGGCAUUUAUCAGCUCUGGGCUGCUCAAAGCAACAUUCCAGCUACGGUUUAGCUUCGCCUUUUUGUUACUUUGCUUGUAACUUACAUUAGUACCUCCUGAAGCAAUCUAAAAGGUUUUCACGUCCUAAACAAGGACGGAGAGAGACAGCUCCGAGAGAGCUGUUGGAGGCGGGAACUCCGGUGUAGUUUUAAAAGUGACAAAAAAGUCGCAGGGGGCCGGCCCAGAUAUUUUAGAGACACCUGUCUAGAACAGGUGAACCACCGGAGUAUAAUAAAUUCCAUGUUAUCUAAAGAGGAUGACUCUGUCAUCCAGAGUGGCAGUUACUGCUAAAGAGAAACAUGGAAUCAAGCUAGAUGCCCUGCUCCUGCAACAAUGCUAAUUUGGAGCAGAGAUCAAGGAUGCCAGGACGUCUAAAGUUGCUUUCAGGGGAGUCAUGGAAUUAUUAAUUUCCUGACACCUGCUUUUUGAAGCACUGAAAGACUUUAAGAAGUCAAAACCUACCAAUUAUAAUAUGAAAAAAAAAAAUAGAAAAAAGAAAAAAAAAAGGAAAAAAUAGAAAAAAGAAAAAAAUGGAAAAAAAAAAAAAGGAGGGGGGAAGGAUACUUGUCUGUUCAGCUAGCUUUUGAAGAGCAAUAUUCUUAUCCUCCAACAGUCUGCUUUCUACCUACCUGUGGCACAUGCACAAGCUACAUGGACAACUCAUUUAUGGACAUUCAGCACUGAGAAGAAGGAGUACCAUUCUUGUGGACUGAUGAAAGAAGGACUGGUUGAUUCUUUGCCUAUGUGUGUAAUUGUAUUGGAUUAUUGAUAUUGCUAUGUUGCUAGUGCAAGGGCCCUGUAUUAGCUGAUGCUGGCAUUUUCUAUAAUACAAAAGAGGGGGAAUUGUUGGGGAGCCCAGCUGGCUCUGGGCUCUCAGUAAACUGAGAUACUGAAGAUGGAACUUCUUACACCUGGCAGAGGGUUAACCACGGACAGUAGGACUGUGACACAGUGGGUUUCCUGUUAGAAUGUCAGCCUAUUGUGUUAGGACAUGUGGCUGUAUGUGCAAUCAUGAGUUGUUAUGAAGUGGUAAACCAAUGCUGUGUGUACAUGUGUCACCCCAGAACUGUAUAAAGGUAGCUGUACUGUUGCAAUAAAAAAGCUGCUGGUAUCCUGAAACCCAUGUCGCCUCCCCGCCUCGACCGCGACAGGAUGGAGCAUUUUUCCUGCAAGGAAAGACUGAGAGAAUUGGGAUUGUUCAGCCUGGAGAAGAGAAAGUUUUGAGGUGACCUAACUGUGGCCUUCCAGUACCUGAAGGGAGCCUACGAGAAACAUGGGAAGAGACUUCUUACAAGGACAUGUAGUGACAGGACAAGGGGGAAUGCUUUCCAACCGAAAGAGGGAUUAGAAAAGAUUUCACAAACAAGGAUUUCACUCCAUAAAAACUGUUCAGCUGUUGGCUACUGCUGCACUUCCUCCUCCACUCUGCUCACACUGAUAGGAAGAAUGGAAUCUCCACCCACCCAAGCUUUUAUCCUACUUGUGCCUGAAGAUCUAAGUUGCUGCAUAGUUGUCAGUACAGCCAAGGACUGAAGAUACUGAAGCAGAAAAAAUUCUCUGUGCUCAACAGCCAUGGAUAAAAUGAAAGAUUUGAGUCUGAAAGGCACAAUUCCCCGAAGUGAGUUAACUGAAGUGGAAGGUGUUCUCAUAGCAAAACCAAUGCUCGUCACCUGGGAUCAAGUAUGCAAGUUCAAAGCCAGACCUGACGAUGUGCUCAUUUCAACCUAUGCAAAAGCAGGUACCACAUGGACACAGGAGAUAGUGGAUAUGAUUCAACAAAAUGGAGAUAUUGAGAAGUGUAGACGUGAAACAACUUACAAACGCCAUCCUUUCCUUGAGUGGUUUAUUGCUGAACCUCCAUCUGAACGUUACUCAGGUAUAGAGUUAGCUAAUGCCAUGCCAUCUCCAAGAACAAUAAAAACUCAUCUGCCUGUGAAGCUGAUGCCUCCUUCCUUCUGGGAACAAAACUGUAAGAUAAUCUAUGUGGCAAGAAAUGCAAAAGACAACCUGGUGUCAUACUACCAUUUCCACAGAAUGAACAAGGGAUUGCCUGAGCCAGGAACCUGGGAGGAGUUCAUGGAGAAAUUCAUGAAUGGACAAGUGCUCUGGGGUUCCUGGUAUGACCAUGUAAAAGGAUGGUGGAAGGCAAAAGAUAAGCACCGUAUUCUCUAUCUCUUCUAUGAAGAUAUGAAGGAGAAUCCAAAGCAAGAAAUUCAGAAGAUUGCAAAGUUCCUGGAGAAGGACUUGAGCCAGGAGGUUCUAAACAAGAUAGUCCACCACACCUCGUUUGAGGUAAUGAAGGAAAAUCCCAUGACAAACUACACUAAAGACUUUAAUGGAAUUAUGGAUCACUCUGUUUCCCCAUUCAUGAGAAAAGGGACUGUUGCAGACUGGAAAAAUCAUUUCACUGUGGCACAGAAUGAGAAAUUUGAUGAAGAUUAUAAGAAGAAAAUGUCUGAUACCUCUCUUGUUUUUCGCAUGGAAUUGUGAUUAUUUGCAAUGGGAAUUAAUGAUCUUCAGUCUUUUCCACGUCAUAUAUUUUGCCCUCACAAAAUGCCAGCGAUCCUAGGAUUUCCAUCUCUCUUCACACCCCACUGAUUUUUCAUUAUUGUCAGAGUGCCCAAAUUAUGCCAAACUUUAAGUCUCGUUGAAGAAAAUAAUUCCAUUGGAUACUUCUCAUUCAUCACUACCGCAAUAACUUUCAGCAUUAAUAAAAAUAUUUCAGAUAUGC